CCGUCCGCCGAGACAACAGUCUCAAAGAACAGCACGAGACCUCUUAUCUGAUUGUGAGUUUCCUUGCGCAACCUUGACUUUUCGACCAACUUCUUUGUUUGCUUUUGGGCUCGUGCACUCCCCCCCUCCGCAUCCGUCCCCCCGGCCAGUGUCAGGCCCUCAGCAUCUCUAUAUCAGGGUCUGGAGUCCUCUUCGUUUUCUCUGCUUACGACCAUCUUCCGUCGGGCAUUAAUCAGCGUCUUGGGGGAAAAGUCACAUCGAACACAGCCCACCCACUCAUGACUCCUCAGGCCCACGACCACCUCUAACGGCCAUCGCCUUUGCUCGCGAACACACGAACAUCCUCCGCCGUUUCAUCUAAUCCGAGCCCGUCAAUAUGCCCAUCGGCGACCUCCUCGCAGAGAUAUCCGGCGGGCAGCCGUCAUCCGCCCCAUCUCCUAAAGUAGCCACGUCAUCGGGGAUCAAGCGGAAGGCUGAAGAUGGCUCAAAUGGUGCAACAUCAACAAAACUCACAAAAGCAAGGCAGCCUGAUGGAUCUUACUCAACUAGUAAGGUGACCCGUGAUGCGGAUGGUCGAGUUGUAGAGCGGUCGUACUCAGUCUCGCGACCAGUGAAAGCUACUGGCCUAGGUCAAACUUCAAUAAAACCAUCCAGUCUUCCUCACCGCACCAACUCACCUUCGACCAACGGACGCUACGAGCCACCAACCCCUACUAGCCAGCGCACGACCUCUACCUCGAACGGCAAGUUACCCGCUGCGUCCUGCAGCACCACGCAAUCGAAACGGCCCUCGGACGUAGCAAGCCGCCCGAAACUGAACCAACCUGUGUCCGCUGCUGCGAAAGUGCCCCAAUCGAAGCCUUCUCCCACAACACCGACGCCGUUACAGUCAUCACAAGGACCUCCCAAAAAAGGCUCUUUCAAGGAUAUAAUGGCACGUGCAGCAAAGGCUCAAGAGGUUAUGGGUAAAGUUGGUAUGAUCCAACACAAACCUAUUGAUAAGGCUUCGGUGAAGAAAGAACGGGAAACUGCCAAGCCAGAGCAAAAGUCUGGCGCAGGGUCGGGUGCUAAGGGAAAGAUGAGUACUUCUUACACUGGAACCGGACGGCCUUCUGGUACUACGAAUCGUGGUAAUGCUCCUGCAGGUGCACCCGCACGUUCUGUUUCCAAAGCUGGUGCUGCAAAAGACGGAAAGACUGGUCCCAAGUCUAAAUCAGGAUCUGCUGCAAAUGACGUCGCCGAGAAGAAGGUUAAGAAAUCAGCGACUGCAACAACCGGUUACGCAGGAACUGCACGGCCUGCUCCGGGAGCCGCGACUAAGAAAGGCCCAUCUUCCAGAGGUGACCAACGCCCUGGACGUGGUGGACUUCUCGAACCUCCUCGAAUGGGCCGUCGUAGUAAGUACGAGGACGAGUAUGACGAGGAAUUGGACGACUUUAUCGAUUACGAUGACGAAGAAGAUGAUAUGGGACCUAGGUAUGGCUACGACUCCGAAGGGUCAAGCGAUAUGGAAGCCGGAAUGUCGGAUAUCGAUACAGAGGAGAGACGAGCUGAGUUGUAUGCACGCGAAGAGGACAAGCGGGAGCAGGCGUUAGAAGAAAAAUUGAAAAGAGAGAAAGAAGAGCGAAGACGACGAUGGGCACAAGGAGGGCGAUAAUGCUGUGGCGAAUCCUAGAACUCAGUACAUGACUCACGAUAAUCUUCUUUCGGCGUACGGCUGUGAGGGAGCGCUACAGUUGAUUAUUAUACCAUACCCGCAUCGUUUCAUUCCUCUGAUAGAGCGCUAAUCUGCAUGAAAUUCGGCGUUCGGGAGAAUUCUCACCGGGCAACCAUUAUUGUUUUUGGGAGAGAUCAAACAGUUGUUUGAUCCCAGCAUGUCUUACAUGGUGUUUGUGGAUACAGGGUGGAAGGAAUGAGUGCCUUAGCAGGUUAUUUCAUGGUGUUUAAUAAAAGAUUGGAAAUGUGUAUAUUGUAUAAUUUAACUCAUCAUAUGAUUGGCCUAUGCUUAGUGACUUUCUUGCAUGUUUCAGUAGCUGCCCCUAUUUGGUACUACAUUCUACUUUAAGCGCCUUUGUUAAUAGGAUGACUAGACUAGGGAUAAAUGCCACUGGUCUAAGUGUAUAUUCUGCAGUUGCUGUCACUUUUGUCACGUGCCCCAUUCAACUACAUCU